GUGUUGGCCCUGCCCCCCCCACAAGUGGUGUUUGCCAAGGCAACCGCAAACUUUGUCCGUCAGAUCGACCCGGAAGGAACUCUGAUCUCUGUUUGCCGCCUUAACGACUCAGACAAACUGGUUCCCAUGGCACUGGUCGUCAAGCGCAACCGUUUCUGGUUCUGCCAAAAGUACCAGCCCUCUGGCUUCACACUCAGUCACAUGUUGCUAGGAGACAAAUAACUAAUUCCAGGUAAAGUAGAGCCAUGGUUACUCCUCAUAUACACCUCACAUACAUUUCUUAUUUUGCCCAAGCACUGCUGUCUAAAACAUAUCUGGCCAUUCAUAUCUUACACACCUAUCUGACUUAAUCCUACUUUGUGUUUUUUCUGUCUGUCUGUCUGUCUGUCUGUCUGUCUGUCUGUCUGUCUGUCUGUCUGUCUGUCUGUCUGUCUCUCUGUCUCUCUGUCUGUCUCUCUGUCUGUCUCUCUGAAUGUGGGUGCACUCUUCCUACACUCUUGUCUCUGUCUCUGUGCUUGCUCUCUCAGACGUGUCUGAGUCAGACUUCCUGUCCUAUGAUGGGAGGUUUGGAGACAACCGGAGUGGGAAGCUGGACGCCAAGGCUGGGAACGUCAGUGUCAACAUUGAGAGGCGGGGCUCCUCCAAGCUCCAAUCAUCAUUCGGUAAACUGAAGAAGCAGGAUGUUGAUGUACGGAAGCUACUGCUGGCCUCCAAUGACAGGUACUGUUCUCUCUCUCUCCCUCUCUCUCUCUCUCCUUCUCUCUCUCCUUCUCACUCUCUCUCUCUCUCUCUCUCUGUCUCGAUCUCUCUCUCUCACCCCCCACCCCCCCCCCUCAAUUCAAUUAAACUCAAACGGCUUUAUUGGCAUGGGAAACAUAUGUUUACAUUGCCAAAGCAAGUGAAAUAGAUAAUAAACCAAAGUUAAAUAAACAAUCAAAAAUGAACAGUAAGCAUUACACUCACAAAAGUUCCAAAGGAAUAGAUUCAUUUCAAAUGUAAUAUUAUGGCUAUGUACAGUGUUAUAACGAUGGGCAAAUAGUUAGUCCAUCUCUCUCUCUCUCCAUCUCUAUUUGUGAUUCCUUCCUCACACCAGACCCAGUCUCUCCAGUUGUCUUGAUGUACAUCCCUCUCAAUCUCUUUAACCUCCCUCUCUCUCUGUGUGUAGGAUGGUGGACAUGCAGCAUGUGCUAGUGCAGCAGUGUCAGAAGCGUGCAGGGGUGUUUGCUGUGUUGAAGGAGAGAGUCCUGACCACCACCCCCUGCUCCAUCUCAGAACAGGUCCAGGAACAGGGCAAAUGCCAGGGGGUUCUGGGACUACUGGGCAAACUAGGGAAACAAACUGUACAGGUGGGUUAUUAUACAUGUAUAUCAGGUGUGUGUUCUUACAUAUUAUUACAUGUUAUUACGUGUGUGUAUAUAUCAGGUGUGUGUUCUUACAUAUUACUACAUAAUAAUAAUAAUAAUAUGCCAUUUAGCAGACGCUUUUAUCCAAAGCGACUUACAGUCAUGCGUGCAUACAUUUUUGUGUAUGGGUGGUCCCGGGGAUCGAACCCACUACCUUGGCGUUACAAGUGCCGUGCUCUACCAGCUGAGCUACAGAGGACCACGUACAUGUUAUUAUACGUGUAUAUCAGGUGUGUGUUCUUACAUAUUAUUACAUGUUAUUACAUGUGUGUAUAUAUCAGGUGUGUGUUCUUACAUAUUAUUACAUAUUAUUACAUGUUAUUAUAAGUGUAUAUCAGGUGUGUGUUCUUACAAAUUGGUGCAUUCAACUUAGGAUAGCCAGUGGGACAACCACCACUGGGGGAGGGGGGGUGUAGAAGGAUUACAGUUAGACUAUUCCAGGUAUUCCUUAAAGAGGUAGGGUUUCAAGUGUCUCCGGAAGGUGGUCAGUGACUCCGCUGUCCUGGCGUCGUGGGGGAGCUUGUUCCACCUUUGGGGUGCCAGAGCAGUGAAUAGCUUUGACUGGGCUGAGCGGGAACUGUGCUUCCGUAGAGGUAGGGGGGCUAGCAGGCCAGAGGUGGAUGAACAUAGUUCCCUCGUUUGGGUGCCGUUCCCCUCACAGCUCCGUAGGCAAGCACCAUGGUUUUGUAGUAGAUGCAAGCUUCAACUGGAAGCCAGUGGAGUGUGCGGAGGAGCGGGGUGACAUGAGAGAACUUGGGAAGGUUGAACACCAGACGGGCUGCAGCAUUCUGGAUAAGUUGUAGGGGUUUAAUGGCACAGGCAGGGAGCCCAGCCAACAGCGAGUUGCAGUAAUCCAGACGGGAGAUGACAAGUGCCUGGAUUAGGACCUGUGCCGCUUUCUGUGUAAGGUAGGGUCGUACUAUGCAAAUGUUGUAGAGCAUGAACCUGCAGGAUCGGGUCACCGCUUUGAUUUUAGCGGAGAACGACAGGGUAUUGUCCAGGGUCACGCCAAGGUUCUUUGCGCUCUGGGAGGAGGACACAAUGGAGUUGUCAACCGUGAUGGCGAGAUCAUGGAGCGGGCAGUCCUUCCCCGAAAGGAAGAGCAGCUCCGUCUUGCCGAGGUUCAGGUUGAGGUGGUGAUCCGACAUCCACACUGAUAUGUCUGCCAGACAUGCAGAGAUGUGAUUCGCCACCUGGUUAUCAGAAGGGGGAAAGGAGAAAAUGAAUUGUGUGUCGUCUGCGUAGCAAUGGUAGAAGAGACCAUGUGAGGAUAUGACAGAGCCAAGUGACUUGGUGUAUAGAGAGAAUAGGAGAGGGCCUAGAACUGAGCCCUGGGGGACACCAGUGGUGAGAGCACGUGGUGCAGAGACAGAUUCUCACCACGCCACCUGGUAGGAGCGACCUGUCAGGUAGGACGCAAUCCAAGAGUGAGCAGCGCCGGAGAUGCCCAACUCGGAGAGGGUGGAGAGGAGGAUCUAAUGGUUUACAGUAUCAAAGGCAGCAGAUAGGUCUAGAAGGAUAAGAGCAGAGGAGAGAGAGUUAGCUUUAGCAGUGCAGAGAGCCUCCGUGACACAGAGAAGAGCAGUUUCAGUUGAAUGACCAGUCAUGAAACCUGACUGGUUUGGAUCAAGAAGGUCAUUCUGAGAGAGAUAGCAGGAGAGUUGGCUAGAGACGGCACGCUCAAGAGUUUUGGAGAGAAAAGAAAGAAGGGAUACUGGUCUGUAGUUGUUGACAUCGGAGGGGUCGAGUGUAGGUUUUUUGAGGAGGGGUGCAACUCUCGCUCUCUUGAAGACGGAAGGGACAUGGCCAGCGUUCAAGGAUGAGUUGAUGAGCGAGGUGAGAUAAGGGAGAAGGUCUCCGGAAAUGGUCUGGAGAAGAGAGGAGGGGAUAGGGUCAAGCGGGCAGGUUGUUGGGCGGCCGGCCGUCACAAGUCGCAAGAUUUCAUCUGGAGAGAGAGGGGAGAAAGAAGUCAAAGCAUAGGGUAGGGCAGUGUGAGCAGGACCAGCGGUGUCAUUUGACUUAAUAAAUGAGGAUCGGAUGUUGUUAACCUUCUUUUCAAAAUGGUUGACGAAGUCAUCCACAGAGAGGGAGGAGGGAGGGUGAGGAGGAGGAUGAUUCAGCAGGGAGGAGAAGGUGGCAAAGAGCUUCCUAGGGUUAGAGGCAAGGCUUGAAAUUUAGAGUGGUAGAAAGUGGCUUUAGCAGCAGAAACAGAGGAAGAAAAUGUAGAGAGGAGGGAGUGAAAAGAUGACAGGUCCGCAGGGAGUCCGCUCGGCUGCCCGGAGCCCUGUUAUGUGAGCUCGCAAUGAGACGUCAAGCCACGGAGCAGGAGGGGAGGACCGAGCCGGCCGGGAGGAUAGGGGACAUAGAGAGUCAAAAGAUGCAGAAAGGGAGGAGAGGAGGGUUGAGGAGGCAGAAUCAGAAGAUCGGAGGGAGAAGGAUUUAGCAGAGGGAAGAAAUUAUAGGAUGGAAGAGGAGAGAGUAGCAGGAGAGAGAGAGCGAAGGUUGCGAAGGCACAUUACCAUCUGAAUAGGGGCAGAGUGAGGAGUGUUGGAGGAGCGCGAGAGAGAAAAGGAUACAAAGUAGUGGUCGGAGACUUGAAGGGGAGUUGCAGUGAGAUUAAUAGAAGAACAGCAUCUAGUAAAGAUGAGGUCAAGCGUAUUGCCUGCCUUGUGAGUAGGGGGGGACGGUGAGAGGGUGAGGUCAAAAGAGGAAAGGAGUGGAAAGAAGGAGGCAGAGAGAAAUGAGUCAAAGGCAGACGUAGGGAGGUUAAAGUCACCCAGAACUGUGAGGGGUGAGCCAUCCUCAGGAAAGGAACUUAUCCAGGCGUCAAGCUCAUUGAUGAACUCUCCAAGGGAACCUGGAGGGCAAUAAAUUAUAAGGAUGUUAAGCUUGAAUGGGCUAGUGACUGUGACAGCAUGGAAUUCAAAUGAGGAGAUAGACAGAUGGGUCAGGGGGAAAAGAGAGAAUGUCCACUUGGGAGAGAUGAGGAUUCCUGUGCCACCGCCGCGCUGACCAGAUGCUCUUGGGGUAUGCGAGAACAUAUGAUCAGACAAGGAAAGAGCAGUAGGAGUUGCAGUGUUUUCUGUGGUAAUCCAUGUUUCCGUCAGCGCCAAGAAGUCGAGGGACUGGAGGGUAGCAUAGGCUGAGAUGAACUCUGCCUUGUUGGCCGCAGAACGGCAGUUCCAGAGGCUGCCGAAGACCUGGAACUCCACGUGGAUCGUGCGCGUAGGGACCACCAGAUUAGAGUGGCAGCAGCCACGCGGUGUGAAGCGUUUGUAUGGCCUGUGCAGAGAGGAGAGAACAGGGAUAGACACAUAGUUGACAGGCUACAGAAAAGGCUACAAUAAUGCAAAAGAGAUCAGAAUAAAAUUAACUAAAAAUCUGGGGAAGCGCGAUAGCAGGGCCUCCCUCACUUACCUUUCACUGAAACACUCAAAUAUAACUCUCCCAACUUCCAGAAUUUAUAAUUGUUGUAAACUACAGCGGUUCAAUGUUUCUAGGAAUAGACUCUAACUUACUUUAUUCAGCUAGCUAACUUGGUACAGUAUUCUUCCGUGAAAACCGCCCAGGGCACCGUAUGCUAUGACGCCAUAGCUAACUAGCAUGCUAGCAUCCAAUAACACAAACUACCAAUAGUGUGUUAUAACACUAAACAGAUAAUUUGUGUCCGUGUCUAGUUCCUUUCAUAACGCAUAAAUAAUUUAACGUUGGCUAGCUAGCACAAAGUCAGUCAUGCUAGCUACACAAGUGGACUACCCAUCUCGAAUGUUCAGAAAGUGAAGCUUUGCGUUGCAAAAUUCUCAUUGACUAAAAUGAUAUUGUAUUUAGUUGCUACAGUACUGCUAGCUGGUAGUGUUGGCUAGCUAGCAAUGGCUGUGGUGUUGACUUUGUUUGAAAAAAUGGCGUCGCUGCGAACGAAUGUAGCUGGCUAGCUAACCUCGAUAGUUUCUCUAUACUACACCUUUAUCUUUGAUAAAGGAAUUUCUCUGUUAGCAUCAUAUAGCGGUCUAUUCGUCAUAUCGUCAGUGAUGUGUCAUCAGAAAAGUCAAGCUCUGAUUGGUUAUUUGUCUCCCUCUCCCCUACAGACUUGCAGGAGUUGGACUUGGAGGUCUAUGUAGGUCAGUUAGCGGUUCUCCCAGAGUCCACCCGGUUCGCUCUGUUCCAGAGUCUCCGGGAGGUUCUAGUGGACAGAACCACACUCUCGGUUCUGGAACACAUGGUAAGUGUCACAGUACCCAGGGCCAAAUGUAGUACACUAUACAGGUAGAAAGGGGCCAUUUGGAAUGCAGCCCUUGUCUGAUGGUAUUGUUUGGUGGAGUUUUUAGACCAGGCACAGUCAUAUCUGACACAGAAUAUAUCCCCUCACCUGACCGCCACUCACCUGCUGGUCAGCGCCUUGGAUGGUGAGUGUGUGUGUGUGUGUGUGUGUGUGUGUGUGUGUGUGUGUGUGUGUGUGUGUGUGUGUGUGUGUGUGUGUGUGUGUGUGUGUGUGUGUGUGUGUGUGUGUGUGUGUGUGUGUGUGUGUGUGUGUGUGUGUGUGUGUGUGUGUGUGUGUGUGUGUGUGUGUGUGUGUGUGUGUGUGUGUGUGUGUGUGUGUGUUGCAUUCUCUAACCCCUGUGUUUUGUGUUUCUGUAGCGUUGCCUAAAGCUGCUCUGACUCUGCUGGGACAAUCUAGCCCUGAUGUCCUGGAAGCCCUCAACCCUCUGGUCAGUCUGAUUCAAUUCACUUUAUGAUUCAUGAGUGACUUUGUACAACUCACGAUUCACUAUUCCUGAUUCACAAAUAAGACUUUGAUAUGAAUACUCUGAUUCAUUAUUACAGUCCAUAACUAUGUUUACCCAGACACUAGUCACUGUAGACCCUGUACCUUACCAACCUGUGUUGUCUGUCCCACAGGUGACCAAGCUAAAGGUGAACGGUCAGUCCCUUCCCCUUGAGUCGCUGCCCCUCUCCCUACAGGAUGAGGGGGCAUUCCAUUGGGCAGAGCAGCUCCUCCUCUCCUCCAAUGUGACGCUGCGGAGAGAGACUGACAGGCUGUGGGCGGAGACAGGAUGA